AUGUUGCCGACGCUGGCUGUUGUCAAUGAUAGUGCUGUGGUAGACAAGCGAUACAAAUACGGCAGAAAUGUAAAAAUGGGGGACCUGAUCGUGGCACGCAAGCCCACGGAGCCUUCAAGUUUGGUGACGAAACGAAUAACUGGGAUGCCAGGAGAUAUUAUCCUCAUUGACCCGUCCAAAAAUUCGCUCCAAAGAUUAAACCAGGAGAACCUUGACAUGCAGGAGAUAACUCCUCUGGACAACAGCAGCUAUGACAACUACGUGAUUGUUCCCAAAGGCCAUGUCUGGGUGACAGGUGACAACCUUAACGCUUCUCUGGAUUCAAGAACCUACUCCGUUGUUCCGCUCGCUAUGAUUGAAGGGAAACUGGUCUACGCUUGGUAUUUAACGGGGAUGCUCUCUAUGUUUACCAAUUCACCUAGAAAACUGGCCAAUACUUUUGUGGAGGAGUGA